GCCGCUACCUGCCAGCCGGAAUGGACGAGCCUGUCAGCGCUGCCCUCUUCUUCUUCUUCUCCCUCUGCCCCGCGGAGCCUCUGGGCAAGCCUGGACCGACAUGACAGCGCCGACUCGGGAGAGGAAAACCCGCCGCCAGCCGCGGGUGACGGUGCCGCCGGAGACGGUGUGGGCUGCGGGUCGGUACGCCGUGCUGAGCGUCCUGUGCGCGCUGUGCUACGGCAACUCUCUCCGCGGGGAGUUGGUGCACGACGAUGUGUGGGCGAUCAUCAACAACCCGGACGUCCGACCGGGCUCCAGCCUCAGGAACAUAUUCACCAACGACUUCUGGGGGAAGAAGAUGUCGGAUAACACGAGCCACAAGUCCUACAGACCGCUGUGCAUCCUCACCUUUAAGUUGAACAUCCUGCUGGGCGGCAUGGUGCCUUUGUAUUUCCACGUGGUCAACCUGUGUUUGCACUGCGGCGUGACCUGCCUGCUCAUGCACACGUGUGAACGCUGUGUGUUCACUGAAUCACGACUGGCCUUUGUCACCGCGCUCCUCUUCGCUGUGCACCCGGUCCACACGGAGGCUGUGUCUGGAAUUGUGGGCAGAGCUGAUGUUUUGGCCUGUCUGCUGUUUUUGCUGACAUUCCUCUCCUAUAUUAGGAGUGUAGGCGCUUGUGCCUCUGAGGAUUCUCUUCCUCCCACAGUCUCUGCAGCGUCUCUACUAAUCAGUUUGUUUCUGGGCACGUGCGCGAUGCUGGUGAAGGAGACCGGAGUCACCGUGUUUGGAGUGUGUGUGCUGUACGACGCGCUGGUGCUCUGCCGCAAACCUCUCAUCUAUCAUCUGUCUGGAUCCAAACUCCGCCACCUUCUCCACAUCUGCAGCCCCUUCAUCAAACGCGCCAGCGUCAUCUCUGUAUAUGUCUUCAUCAUCAUGUCUGUCCGGCUGCAUCUGAUGGGAGGAUCAAUGCCGCUCUUCUCUGAGCAGGAUAAUCCCGCCUCCUUCUCACCACACCUUCUCACCAGGGUUCUGACCUACUCCUACCUGCUGACCUUCAACGCCUGGCUGCUGCUGGCCCCUGUUGUGCUCUGCUACGACUGGCAGGUGGGCAGCAUUCCCCUGGUGGAGUCGCUGGGAGACGUGAGGAACCUGGCUACUGUGCUUCUGCUGCUGGUGAUGAUGGUGUUCUGCCUGCACUGCCUCCUCUCACUGCAGAGGCAGGAGAGCCGGGAGGUUUUGGUGGGUUUGCUUUUCCUGGUCUUUCCCUUCAUCCCAGCCAGCAACCUUUUCUUCCGAGUUGGUUUUGUCGUGGCAGAGCGAGUCCUCUACAUGCCCAGUAUGGGUUACUGUAUCUUGGUGGCUCAUGGGCUGGGCCGCCUGUGCUCCAUGGUGGGUCGCUGGGGGACCACCAUCCUCAGUGUCUCUAUGCUGCUGCUGAUCCUGCUCUUCUCCUGGAAGACUGUCCAGCAGAACCAGGUCUGGCUCUCCAGGGAGGCCCUCUUCAGCUCUGGUAUCCAGACGCUGCCUCACAACGCCAAAGUCCACUACAACUAUGCCAACUUCCUGAAGGACAGCGGUCGGCACCAAGAGGCCAUCCGCCACUACACCACUGCCCUGAGUUUGUACCCUCGACAUGCCAGUGCCAUGAACAACCUUGGCACGUUGACCCACAGCGCUGAGGUGGCUGAGCGAUACUACAGGAAGGCCCUGGACACCAACCCGCAACAUAACCGGGCUCUGUUCAACCUGGGGAACUUGCUGAAGUCCCAAGGGAAGGAGAAAGAAGCUGAGGAUCUUCUGAAGGAAUCCCUUCGACAUGGUCCUCAUUUUGCUGAUGCCUACUCCAGUCUGGCAUCACUCUAUGCAGAGCAGAGACGUUUUGCAGAGGCCAAUGAGGUCUACGUAAAAGGUAUCGAGAACUGCCCGGACAGCUCUGACCUGCAUAAUAACUAUGGAGUCUUCCUGGUUGACACUGGACAGGGAGAGUUGGCGGCUGAACACUACCAACAAGCAGUGCGACUAAAGCCAGCUCACUAUGUUGCCAUGGUGAACUUGGGUCGCCUGCUCCGCUCUUCGAACGAAAACAAAGAAGCAGAGUCUUGGUACAAAAGGGCUCUUCAGGUAACCAGGAAAGCGGACAUCCUGACGCCGCUCGGGGCUUUGUACUACAACACUGGCCGCUACGAAGAGGCUCUUCAGGUUUACAGAGAAGCUGCCAGCAUGCAGCCAGAAAGCACUGAUACCUGGCUGGCCCUGGCUCAGGUUCUGGCGAUGGCUGGCCGCAGCAAAGAGGCGGCGAAGAUGACGCUGGGGAUCAUCUCCAGAGAAGACGGCUGUAUUGAAUGUUAUCGCCUCCUCUCUGCCAUCUACAGCAAGCAGGGGAACUACUCAGAGGCUCUCGAAGCUCUGGACCGGGCCCUGCAGCAGAAUCCCAGUGACCUGACGGUGCGAGCUGAGCUGCAUUUCUCUAAAGGAAACCAGCUUCGUGAGAUGAACCAGCUUGACCGAGCCUUUGAGAGCUACAAGCUAGCUGUGGAGCUGAAACCAGACCAGUCCCAGGCCUGGAUGAACAUGGGAGGGAUCCAACACAUCAAGGGAGACUACGCAGCUGCCAGGAUGUACUACCAGCGAGCUCUGCACCUCAGUCCCGGUUCUAAACUGCUGCGGGAGAACCUGGCCAAACUGGACCGACUGGAGAGGAAACUGACAGGGACACCGUAGAGCACCUGCCUGACUGUCCUAGAGACAGAGCACCACAGUCGGGUCCUCGCUGGGCCAAAGAUCAGCGGCUAUGUAGCUGGAUGGGACGUGCACUUAGGCCAGCACCAGAGCCGGAGGACCUCACGUCGGGCUUGGAGUCGAGUGGAGCUCAAGAAGACUCCAGAGAUGCUCCACGGUCUUAAAUCUGCUGCUCUUUUGAGUUGGAUCAUUUCAUGGCACUUAUUCUGGGAUUCAACCCCUGAACCUGGAGAUAAAGAAUUAUUUUGUUGUUAAGUGAGGAAGGGGACAAAGACGAAGAAACAGCAUGAAUGUGAAACCUAUCAGAGCUCUAUAAUGCACUCACAUGUACACACUUACACGCCGGCUCAUACAUGUUCGUAUUUCUAUCCUUGUGGGGACAUUGUGAGGUUUCUCAUUGCCAUAAUGCUUUCCCCAGCCUCUCGCCCUAAACCUAACCAUCCAAAACACAUGGCUCACCUUAUCCAGGACUCUGAACCAAACUGAAACCUAAUUAUAAUGACCCAGUUAUUUUCAUUUCUUCAACCUCAAAUUGAGGCUUAACCUUGUGUGGUCCAGCCAAAUGUCCCCAAAAUUCAUAUGGUCCUCACAAGGAUAGUGUCAACAAGCCCACAGACACACACACACACACAUCGUCCUAAAACAGGAGAUUUGACCAAAAGCUGGGUGUGCUGGCUCAAAGAUUUAUUCUGCUGUUAUUGAUUAUGAUGAAGUUUCAUGUGAAGCUCUGAUGACGUCGUCACCUCUGAAGCAGAAUGACUGUGUACGCUCCUGACUCAAGAUUGUCGUUUGUCCACCUGGAUCGUGUUGUGAUUGUGUUGUGGAAAAGGAUGGGGGGUGAAAAAGGCGACGAU